AUGAUCGAAUUCUCUGCUGGGUUCGAACAGCCAGGUCCUCCUCUGAUAAAGGCUGAGUACAAGACCAGCUUUAUCCAGCACAAGUGGAAUCAAAACCUGUCGCACAUCACAACUGGUUUUAUCAACAACUCUGCAUCUCAGAAUUUCGUUCGAGUUGAUGAAGCCUUUGAUGGUAGCCUGGCUUCGUCCUUCUUCAAUUACGCCAACUCUACCGAGGAAGGUUUGGUGGACAACAUUUUGACCACCUUUAGCCACGAAUCCAACAAGCCAACCAUAUGGAGGGGCUUCGUCAACUCGAACUUUCCUCUGUUCUCUGAAGACAUACUGGUCAGUAAUGGUGCUGUUUUUGCCGGACUGGUCCAGCGCCAAUUCAACCACGGCCUCGUCGCAGCUUGGAAUAUCAUGUACCAGGGAGUUAUUCCUGUUACAGUCUAUGUGAGCAACUGCAAUGUUAUGGUUGGGUACGACUAUUUUUCUCCUGGAUUGCGUACCAGAGUCAUCACUGAAUACUUCAACAUCCAAGCCUAG